AUGUGCCUCCAUUUUCUCUUACUGUAAUAGUUUCUUUCUCAUUCUCUCUCUUUCCCCUUCUCUCUAAUCUUAGUUGAAAAAUUUUGAGUUAUAUUUGCCAUAUCAAAGUUGAUUAUAAUGCCUGACCAUGGUUCCCAACAAACCCAAAUACCCCUUCUCUCUCCUCACUCUACACCAAGUCCACCAUUUCACAGUGACCCAUCUUCUACAGGAAACCAACUGCUGGGUCAUUAUCCUUUGCCUCUAGCAAAGUAUGAACAGGUUGCAGCUAAUCCUCUGUUGUUCAUGGAAACUCUGGAGAAGCUUCACAAAUCACUGGGAACAAAAUUUAUGGUACCUACUAUAGGAGGCAAGGCACUGGAUCUGCAUCGACUAUUUCUAGAGGUCACUUCUCGUGGUGGCCUUGAGAAGGUGAUCAGGGAUAGGAAAUGGAGGGAUGUGAUUGCUCUUUUCCAGUUCCCUUCAACUAUUACCAGUGCAUCUUUCGUCCUUAGAAAAUACUACAUUUCCUUGCUUCACCACUACGAGCAAGUUUAUUUCUUUCGGGCACAAGGCUUUCCAGUUCCAGACAUGGGAGAUAGUGAAAGUUCACAUGAACAGUCUCCGCAGGUUCAGUCCACACCGCAGGUUCAGUCCACACCACGAUCCCAGGACAGAAGCAUCAUUAAGAAUAUCAAGUCCCCUCAACCAACUGUGGGUCACAAUAUAACUGGAGUCAUAGAUGGGAAAUUCGAAAAUGGGUAUUUGGUUACUGUAAAUAUCGGGUCAGAGAAGCUCAAAGGGGUCCUGUAUCAUGCUCCGGUGAAUUUUCCUGUGACCCAAAGCUUAAAAAUUGAUCGAAGGCGGCGUCGAAAAAAGUCGAGAUUCUUAGACCCUUCUCGCCCAAAAUCGAAUAGGAGUGGCUAUAAUUUCUUCUUUGCUGAGCAUUAUGCGAGGCUGAAGCCAUCUCAUUCGGGACGGGAGAGGAGCAUCAGCAAGAGGAUUGGAUUUCUCUGGAAUAAUCUGACUGAUGAUGAAAGAGCAGUUUAUCAGGAGAAAGGGGACAAAGACAGGGAAAGGUAUCGGAAUGAGAUGGUCGAGUACAGGAAGAAAGCAGCUGUUUCUGAGCUCAAGAGAUCUGAAAAUCUGACUGCAUGAGAGAGAUAAAGAGAGAGAGAGAGGACUUAUCCUCUCGAGCUCUUGUAGCUUUUCAGCAACACCACUCUUUUCUUCUCAGUUUGUUGUUCUUUCAUAUUUCUUAUUUUCUUCUUUCAUUUUCAUUUCAUUUCAUUACACGGUUUGUUUUGGAUUGAUUUUGUAUAGAGGAACAGAGAAUGGGCAAAGAGGCUUAUUCCAAAGAAAAAAUGACAUAUUUUCCUCGAAUUUUGAAUGCUUACACUGCUUUUGGAAAAUGGUUUUUCACAAGA